GAUGUUUCCCCGGUGCAGAAGAGGCAGCGCCUUUUGUCAGCCCCGAAGGACCAAUAUGGGGUUGUAUGUGAGGCUGUUUGUGAUCUUAGCCUGGAGUCUGGAGGAGGCGGUGGCGGCUCAGCCAGGGCCAGCCUCCCCCGUCCUCUACGAAUGCAACAAGACCAGCAUCCAUCUCGUCAUCAAGACGGACCCUUGGGGCACCGGCCUCCGGCUGAACCCGCAACACCUGCAGAUGGGCACCUGCUUGCCUUCCUCAGAGAGCCCUCAGCAGGGCCUUCUCCACUUCCAGUAUGCCUUCAAAGCGUGUGGAUUCGCCCGGCUGACUUCGGGCACCAUGGUGGAGUACUCCGCUGACCUUGUCUACAGACCUCUGUCCAGCCACGGCAGGUUCUACGCCCGCCCUUUCUCGGAGAGGAUAAACUGUACGGAUUAUGAGGCUCAGCGCUUGGUUCCAGCACCGGUGGCAUCGGUCACUGGCCAGCUCUCUGCUUCCAGUGGGCUGAUGUUCUCAGGGACAAUCAUGAAGGAGGAUUUCAGCGCUCCGUCGGACUCAACCGUCUUCUUCCUGGGCUCCCAGAUCCACAUAGAGUUCGCCGCGAAGAGUUUUCUCCACCGGCCUUUACGGGUUUUCGUGGAUGAAUGUGUAGCUGCCCCAACGCCGGAGCUCCACAAAUCUCCCAGCAAUUACACCGUCAUUGCAAACCACGGGUGCCUGUUGGACAGCAGAGUGGCGGAGUCCCGGUUCCUCCCUCGGAGAUCCCCGGACGUGAUCCACCUCUCUUUGCAAGCCUUCGAAUUUGUGGGCGUGGAUUCCGAGAUCUACCUUCACUGCCAGGUGCUGGUCUGGGACCCAGACGUCCUCACUGACCCCAUCAGGAAGGCCUGUUCAUACCAUAGAGACAUCAACAGAUGGGAGAAUCUGGAUGAUCCCUCCAGCUCGGUCUGCCGGUGUUGUGACUCCGAGUGCCAUGGGGCUUGGGCUCGUCCCCGGAGGGACCUCAGAGCCUCUCCAGCGGAAGCUGACCUGUUGCAGUCGAAUGUGGUGGUUCGCCGCUUGGUGGUUCAGAAGCCGACUCAAAAUGCAGGCAGCUACGCAUGGGGCUCAAGCCGCUCCUUGGCUGCCAGGAGGCACAAAGGUAAGGUCGGGUGCAAGGGGCGCUGGGGCUCAGGAGACGCGGGGCCUGAGGAACGCCGGGGAGGACUCCUCCGAUGGAUCGGUGCAGAUGUGGAGUAAACUUAAUAAAUGUCACCCAAACCCA